UCACAAAGUUUGCUACUUCAGUGUUUUUAGAUCUUGUUGUCAGAUAUUACUAUGGUAUACUGAAGUAUAAUUACAAGCAUUUCAUAAGUGUUAAAGUUAUUCAAAGUUAAGUAACUUAAAUACCAAAACUUAAAUUCUGAUUUAAAGGGUGGGGAAAACUGCCGUUUGAAUUUGUUUGUUUUCUCGGAGCUCUUAAAAUGUAAUAAAAUAUAUCUUCUUCAGAGUGAUUUACAUCACUUAAAGACAGAUUCCCAAACUGAGAACACUACGUUUCUGGACAUUUAUUUUGAAGGUCAGUAACUAAUCUGCCCCGGAAUUUAUCAUCUUUACGGCUGCUACAUUUAUAGUAUUUGAGCAAGAUGAUGUUAAAUAGAAAUAUGUUAGCUUUGUACCGUCGUUGUGUUGAUAAAGUGCCUCUGACAUCAGCAGUAAUGAGCCGUCAGAGCCUCCGUAUACCUGGAUAAACCUGUCUGAACGGACUUGGUGCUGUUCACCUUUUUCUGAGUGUUUGACUCCUGACUCAUCUCCCGACAGCCUGCAAAGCUACACAAGUUAUCUUAGCAUGCUAGGUGGAAACAGAGAGACGGGGGUGGCAGUUAGCAGCACAGCUCACGUCAGGGUGACUGAUUGAUGGAGAGCAAAGUGUGUUUUUGACGGAUUUGUGUGGAGAGAAAGUUUCUGUCAUUGUGUGAAAAUGUCUAAAGUCCAAAUGCUGAGCGUGUUGGUGAAGCAGCGGCUAACGGUGGCUGGCACUCCAGCAGCCGGAACAGGAGAGCGGCUGUAUUCUGGAUCUUACGACAUCCAGCAGUUGUUGGUGAGUAAAGAAGAGUUUCCAACUGAGCAGCAGGACUGGAGCUCCAGUCUGGACCAGGAGGAGCCACCAGACCCCCCACACAUUAAAGAGGAACAGGAGGAACUCUGGACCAGUCAGCAGGAAGAGCAGCUUCAGGGACUGGAGGAGGCCGAUAUCACCAAGUUCACAUUCGCUCCAGUGAAGAGAGAAGAAGAUGAUGAAGAGGACCCUCAGUCCUCACUGCUUCAUCAGAGACCAACUGAACAGGUGAAAACAGAAUCUGCUGGAGAGGACUGUGGAGGACCAGAACCAGCCAGGAGUUCAGAUCCAGAUAGACAUUUACACCCUGAUAUUGAAGACAAAACUGAAGAAUCUUCUGAACAGACUGAUGACAGUAAUGAUGACUGGAAGGAUACCAGAGAAUCUCAGUUGGGUUUAAACUCUGUGGUUAAUAAUAUAGGUAAAACUGACAAGGAGUCAUUUAUCUGCUCUGAGUGCAGUAAAACAUUUCGCCACAAGACAAAUCUGAAACGACACAUGAGAUGUCAUACAGGUGAGAAACCAUUCAGCUGCUCCUUUUGCAGCAGAAGUUUUAGCCGGAGGGAACACCUGAUCACUCAUAUGAGGUGUCACUCAGGAGAAAAACCCUUCAGCUGCUCAGUCUGUAACUCCAGUUUCAGUCAUGGUUGGUCGCUGGAUAAACAUAUGAGAGUCCACACUGGGGAGAAACCAUUUGGUUGCUCCUUUUGCACUAAAAGAUUCAGGCAGCGCUCAGAUUUGGUUGCACACUUGAGAAUUCAUACUGGAGAAAGACCUUUUUCCUGCUCAGUUUGCAAUACGAGCUUCACCCAGCGUCACACUUUGGUUCAGCACAUGAGAACCCACACUGGGCUCAAACCUUUCAUCUGCUCAGUCUGUGGGAAGAGAUUCUCACGAAAGGGUCACAUGACAAGACACAUGAUGGCUCACACUGGGGAGAAACCGUUCAGCUGCAGUGUGUGUGGCCAGAGCUUCACAUGGCAGUCACAGUUCAAAAGACAUGAGUGUGCUAGUCAGAGCAGCGGCAGUAAAUGAAAUGUGAAAGUGGCUUUGAAUUUCUUCUUCACAAUUAAAACCUAAGAUUGUUUAUCAUACAUUCAUAUAAUACAAUAAACAGCCACUGAAAAAUU